ACGACACGACAGCCCCGUAAUCGCGAACUUGUUCUCCUGCAACAUCAGACUUUUCGCGCUAUUCCGACCGAUACCCUUUUGUUAUUUUCUAGCGACUCAAACAUCUCCAAACCACAGCCAAAAUGCCUGAGCAGGAAGCCCCCUACGACCCCUACAUCCCCAGCGGCCAGGCUGGAGCCCAACAACAGGGCGCUGGCGGCAAUGCCAGAACGCAGGCGCUACAAGCUCAAAUUGAUGAUACCGUGGGUGUGAUGCGUGACAACAUCAACAAGGUUUCCCAACGUGGUGAGCGCCUCGAUGCUCUUCAGGAUAAGACCGACAACUUGGCCGUCUCGGCACAAGGUUUCCGUCGAGGAGCCAACAGAGUCCGCAAGCAGAUGUGGUGGAAGGAUAUGAAGAUGCGAAUGUGUCUGAUUAUCGGUAUCAUCAUUCUGCUGGUCAUCAUCAUCGUUCCCUCUGUUGUGGCUACUCGUUAAUAGCCCAAUCAUUUGGUUUGGGUACUACUUGGUCCUUACGAUACACACGCUGGGACAUGACGACAUCGAAUAUCGCAAGCUACGACCAUGGGAAAUGGAACUUUUGGGCAACUGGCCAUUAUUGCAAUGGAAUAUGAUUUGAGCACGAUGGAGUUUGUUCACGUUGGGUCCCGGUCAAUGUUAUGCUGGCAGCUUUUGCUCCUGGGGUGACUUACUACUGAUGACGAGGUCUCAGUAUCGCUCCUGGAACUUCA